ACUUCCCGUACAGUAGAGCAAGUAGUGCAACAUGGCGGUUACGUCGCUUGCCUGAGAGUGCAGUUUAAACCGCGGAGAAGUUCAGAUAGUUUAGGUCAAUUUCAGUGGUUCAGAGUACAUUUGAGUAGUUUGGUGGUCUGUAGACUGCAGAUAUCGGCUUUUCGGAAAUGAAGGGGAAAGAGCGAUCGCCGGUGAAGAAACGCUCCCGGGUUCCAGAUGAUAGCAGAGACCGAGGAGGGAGCCACCCGAGCGGCAAGAAGACCGGAGCCCUGUCGACGUUUGGCAGCAACAACGGCAACGGCUCCGCACCCAGCGGCGCCUCUUCCAGGAGAAGUUUACACAGCGAGAAAAGAGACAUGAGGGACUCAGACGGACAUAACUCAUCCAGUCGGACCGGUAGCGGAUACGACUACGGAGUUAUUUCGGGGAACAAGCCUCACGUUGGCGCUGACAUCACGGCGGAAACAUCCAGGUCCGGCUCACGCAGCGACCCGCGGCCUCCGUCCAACCCUGAGAGUGAGUACAAGACUCUCAAAAUAAGCGAGCUGGGCUCCCAGCUGAACGACGAGGAGAUAGAGGACGGGCUCUUUCACGAGUUUAAGAAGUUUGGGGACGUGAGCGUUAAAAUUAGUCGAGAAAACGACGAGAGGGUGGCGUUUGUGAACUUCAGGAGGCCCGAUGACGCUCGGGCGGCCAAACACGCCCGCGGCAAGCUGGUGCUGUACGACCGGCCUCUGAAAAUAGAGACAGUCUACAUGAACAGACGCAGAAGCCGCUCCCCUGUUUCAAAAGACAGUUUCCCCUCAGGACACAGGCAUCUUCACUCUCAGAGAUCUCUGUCCCCCACUGGUUUGGGGUACAGAGACUUCCGGUUACAGCAGCUGGCUCUGGGCCGUCUCCCUCCCCCUCCUCCUCCGCCACCUCACAUAAGAGAUCUAGAAAGAGAGAGAGACUUUUCUAUAUAUGAAGCCAGAAAUAGACCACCGUUCAUCCCUGAAUGUGCUGUUUUCCGUGAGGAGGACCUGACAAGCCCCGAAGAUGACCAGAGGGCAAACAGGACUUUGUUUCUGGGCAAUCUGGACGUCAGUGUGACAGAGAGUGACCUGAGGAGGGCGUUUGACAGGUUUGGGCUGAUAACAGAGGUGGACAUAAAGCGGGCAGUGAGAGGCCAGACCAACACCUAUGGAUUCAUCAAGUUUGAGAAUCUUGACAUGGCUCAUCGUGCCAAAGUAGCGAUGUCAGGCAAAGUGGUGGGCCACAACCCGAUUAAAAUCGGCUAUGGUAAACCUACACCCACGACGAGGCUGUGGGUGGGUGGGCUUGGACCCUGGGUUCCACUUGCUGCACUGGCCAAGGAGUUUGACCGCUUUGGCACCAUCAGGACUAUAGACUACAGGAAAGGUGAGGUGUGGGCUUAUAUCCAGUAUGAAAGCCUGGACGCUGCUCAGGCUGCAUGUACUCACAUGAGAGGCUUCCCUCUCGGUGGCCCUGACAGGAGACUCAGGGUGGACUUUGCGGACACAGAGCACCGCUACCAGCAGCAACAGUUCAUGCAGCUCCCCCUCCCCCUGCCGCAUUACGACUUAGUCCCUGAGCCCUUUGUCCACCGUCUUACUGACUCAUUGAGAGUGAGAGAGAGGUCCCCUGCACUUCCUGCUCGCUUCAGAGACAGGGAUCUCUACUCCACUGCUGAAUGGUCUGGCCUUGGUGUCCACGACAGGAUUCGAGGAGCAGGUUUUGAUCCCAUAGAUCGUCUAGAGAGGCGUUCACGUGAGACCUGGUCAGUAGAGCAUGAACGGGAGCUGCAAAGCAGAGAUCUAAGCCGCAAAAGGAGACAUUUGGAUGAUGGCUGGCGGCUGGAUCGUUCACCUGACAGCAGUGACUAUAGUCUGCGCCGGCAUGGCAGCUCACUAGAGCGGAGCCCUGGUGGGAGCAGCCGAGAUGGGGGACGCUACAGUGACCCUGAACGCCUGCCUCGCUCUGGCAGGCCCUCCCCUGUCAGAGAGCGGCAAAACAGCCAGGACACUGGCGUUGGAGACAAGAGAAGGAGAACACUUAGCCCAACUGAGCCAGGCUCAAUCUUAGAUAAGGACCGCAAACGCAAAGCCAGUGACUCAUCUAAGAGCCCAGCGAGGAAGGAGGAUCGCCGAGAACAUCCUUCCUCCUCCUCUUCAAACUAUGCUACCUCCAAGUCCAACCAGCAGUCUAAAGGGGCGGCUGGAGGACAGAAGCUGAGUCAGGCCUGGCAGGGUGUCCUCCUUCUGAAGAAUAGCAGCUUUCCCACAUCACUGCACCUGCUGGAGGGGGACAUGGUAGUGGCUACCAGUCUUCUGGUGGACGGCUCCACCGGGGGUCAAGUGUCCCAGCUGAAGAUCAGCCAGCGCCUCCGCCUGGACCAGCCCAAACUGGAUGAAGUCUCUCGUCGCAUCAAGGCCGCUGGCUCCAGCGGAUACUCCAUUCUGCUGGCUGUGCCUGGAAAGGACGGAGGGGUCCAGGACGCCAGCAGCUCCACCGAGAGACCACUGAAGAACCUGGUAUCCUACCUGACGCAGAAGGAGGCGGCCGGCAUCAUCAGCCUCCCUGUGGGGGGCGGCCGUGACAAGGACCACGGAGGAGUCCUUCACGCUUUCCCCCCAUGUGAGUUCUCACAGCAGUUCUUGGAUGCCUCUGCCAAAGCCUUUGCCAAAUCAGAGGACGACUACAUGGUGAUGGUCAUUAUCAGAGGAGCAUCAUGAAAAAAAGUGCAAAUUAUAAAUGUGUCUUUUCACCCUCAUGAACUGUUAAACUGUGAGUUGUAAAAACAGGGAGAAGCAAUGGUGACAAAACAAAAUAAUAGGAAAUGACAGGGUUCUGAUUUCAAGUUCACUUACCUGCAUUGUUGCCUGUAUCUCAUCCUGUUGAAGGUUUAUAGUAUUGAAAGCCACAUUGAAUUUAAUACAUUUUGAUAGAUUUGAUAGAUUUGAUUAAAUAAUACAGGUGACAUUCUGCUAUUUAGUUAUCAGAUAAAUGUACUUUACUUGAAGGGUACUCUGCUGAAAGAGCAAGCUACAGUUCUGUGAAUCAUUACUAUAUGUUGCCUUAUCUCAUUUAAAAAGAAAAACAAUUCUUUAAUAUAAUUUCAUGCAUUGCCUGACUAUAAAAAAAUAAUUUAAGAUCCAAAGCAGGGCUUUUAGCCGCCAUUUUAUCUGUACUGAGCAUAGGUUUAAUUUGUCAGUCUCAACACGUUUGUAGUGCGACGAUAUUUGUACAAUUGGGCUACAAAAUAAUUACAUCAAACUAAUGUACAUAGAAAUCUUCUCUUGAUCAAGGAAAUAUAUCUAUUUGCUCUAAAGCUUAACCGAUUGCUCAUUAAUAGGCAUCUUCCAGAUUUGCAUCUGUAAUGAUUUUUUGCUGACCAAGUAAAAUUCUUAUGUCCUGAAUACUUCCUAAUUCAAAGUUUCAUUAUGAGAGCUUUGCUAUUUUUGUCAGGUUUGGCCAGUCCUGCUUAAACGUACAGAAAAUUGUGGAAAAAAUCAUUACACCAACAAUUCAGCAACAGCAUCAUUGUAUUGGUCGUCCUGAUAUUUGGCCUCCACAGACUAGUUAGUUAUUAAAUACCCUAAUGGAGAUAAGAGCAUUAAGGUUUAUAGUAUAAUAAAUGACAGUGAUGCCGUGCUCCUUUUUGAGCCACAUCUGGAGGUUAUGUGACAUUACAGGGGAAAAUGAAAGCAGUUUUUCCCGUCUGUUUUUUCAGUUUUCAUUAAGCACCCAUAUGUACUGGUAGGACACAAGCAGCAGGAACCUGUACAUUAUAAUGCAGUUCAAUGCAGUCAUCCUACUAGGAAUACUGCCUUUGUAAGGCUUGUUCAGUUUUGUUGAAAUGACAGAGAGAGGAGAUUUUUCAGCUCUGUGUUUAUUUCUUACCCCAUGGUUUAGGCCUUUUACUUUGGACUGCAUUACAUUGUAAGAUAUUCUUUCGGAUGUCUUUGAUUAUUUUCAAUAUAAAUUAAGCCUCCACUUAUUUUCUUAGUCCCACCAACAGUGUAAAUUCUUUGUAAUAAUGUAAGUUCGAAGAAAAGCAGCAAAAAUCCACAUUACAGUAACUUGAACCAUCAAAAUGUUUUGACAUAGACAAUCAUUUAUAAGAAAAAAAAAUGCAGAUUAAUGUUAUAUCAAUCAGCUGAUGAAUCUGCCAAUCAUUUCAGCUAUAAUAUUAUUACCAUGGAGUUAAAGAAACUCCCUCUAGUCGUAACAAAACUGAAUAUCACAAGCUUCACUGCACUAAUAUGUAUUGUAGGUCCCUUGUUUUGGAAGCAUUAUAUUAUACAGGGAUGCUUUUUCUUGUGUCCUCCCCAUUUUUUGUGUUGUUUUAUUAGUAUCAUAUUCAAUUUGGUUGAACAGUUAAUGGUUGAAUUUUUCACUUUUCUUCUCCUAUGUCAUAUUCCACUAACUACAAAUACUACCCCAACAAAGCAUGUACUGUUAAAAAAAGAUGAUGUAACCUGUAAAUUAGGAGCUAUAUGUAUGCCAUGCACAUUUCUAAUAGCUGAUCAGGGGUCAAUAAGUAGAAAAUACUGCUAUUCUAUCAGUGGACUUGUGUGAUAGACACCUCUGAAUGUGUCCGAGGAGAGGAGGCCGUUCUGCAGUGGCCUUAUACGCCUUCCUCUGAAAAGACUGUUAAUGAUUUUUUUUUUUCAUGCUUUGAUUUGAGUACCUUGUUUCAAAUGGAAAAAGAAAUGAUUUGUGCUGUAUACUCAGGAUUUCUGGAGAGAAAAAUGGAGAACAUCAAUGCUCAUGGGCCUAAGAAGUAUACCUAACUGUCAGAAAAAAAAAAAACGCAAAGUGCAACAUGCACUUGAUAGAUUUUGUCUCAAUAAAUUUACUCUUUCGUGGGAAACACAAGUGCCUCGGAAGACAGCUUUUGUGACCUUUUCUGUUCUUGGAAUUGUCUAUCAAACUCUAAAGGCUUUAUCACUUUGACAGCAGGAGCCUUCCCAGCAGAAAGGAGAGGAAGUGUGAGAAUCAAGUGAAGACAGCCUCUCGGUUUUGUGUUUUCAUGUUGUUCAUCAUUUGUUGAAUGACCCCUUUGUGAAGAGCGUUUCAUGUGAAAUUUUGCCAUACUAGAAUACUUUUUUCAGUGCGUCUGCGAAGGCAAAUCUAGAGUCACUGUGUUUCUUCAGAUAUGUGGCUUAUUCCUCCACCGCCUCUGGCCUGCAUGUCCGGAGGUGUGCCUGAGAACCAGCAGUGUUCAUCCGUCUGGUUUGUUGUUCAGCACUUCACCAAGUUCUGCCAAAAUCACCAUGGUUGUCUCCACCAGACAGCCUCUAAGCGGAAGCACAGCAGCAUUUGAACGCCCUGGUCGUAUUUCUCACCUGGCUCCAGCAGAGUAUUGAUUCAGCGUCUACGCCAGCUUGAGAAGGAGCAGUGUUCAUUUUGUUUAGUGGCUUAUUGGUCUUGCAUUGGAGUUUUGAAGAAGAUCUCUGUGCUAGGGCCAGACUUCAUACGUGUCUCAUCCUGUGUCGGAGAAGAGGUUGAGACAGUGAGACAGUGUCUGCUUUAUUUGCCAAAAAAAGGAAGGACAGGAAGCACAACAGACGAGAAAAGAUUCCUCUCCAAGGAAUCCUAAUCUUUAUUUGAUGUGUUGAUCUGAUUUACGCACUUUUUUGCUAAAGAUUCUGUGCCAAACUGCAUAUGAAACCAAGGUGAAGAGUGUCCUGCUGUCACUGAGUCAGAAUCUGCUGCAGGAUUUAUCUCAAGACAGUGCUCCUACUCCUCAUCACUGCUUCAUCUCCAAACUAAAGGGACCUGAGCAGCUUCGCCACAGCCCCAGGUGUCCACCCAAUGGCCAGGCCGGGGAUAAAAAGUUUCCUGGAGCUGUGAGGCCGAACAGGUUUGAGUCUCACCGUGGCUGAACCUGCUCCUGUUCCACAGGUAAAGUAUUAAGAUGGCCUAAACAACUGACUUAGGUAUGUAUUAAACUGUUGAAGACCACUACAAAGUUGGGCCCAACUUGAAAGCUGGUAAGAGGGGAAAAAAAACAUUCCUUAAAUUCAGUAGCCCUGCAGUAAGUAUUGGUAAGUAGGUGAACAUAAUAGUUAAUGUUGAUGCAAGUAUGUUUGUUUCUUUCUAUCAGCAUUGGUGAGGGUCCACGUUCAAUUACUGUGCCUUGUUGCUGAUCCAUUUUUCCUAGUCGGUAUAUUUUGUCAUGGUUUUUGGGGCUUUUCUCUUUGCAAAAUUACAAAUAAUUUUUGUUGUUCUUGGCCCCAAAUGCACCAGCAGUUCAUGCAGCAUCUAUUAUAAAUCUCAACAAGCGACUACAGUGAGUCAUAGUGGUGGAAUAAGUACUCAGAUUAAGUAAAAGUAGCAAGACCAGAUUGCGAAAAAUACUUUGUGUCAAGUAAAAGCCCUGAAUUCGAAAUUUUACUUUAGAUAAGUACAGAAUUAAUCAGGCAAAUUGCACUUAAAAGUUUCAAAAGUAAAAGUACUUGUAAUGCAAAAUGGCCCAUUUCAGAGUGUUAUGUUAAAUAACUGGAGUAUUAUUACUGAUGCAUUAACAUGUAAGAAGCAUUUAAUGUUGUAGCUGUUUGUUUCAUUUCCACUGCUUUGGGUAGUUUAAUCAAUAACUUUUGUAUACAUUGUAUUUUAUAAACCGAUAACAGGUUAUCUGUAAAAUCGUAACAUGUAACUAUAAUUGUCAGAUAAAUGUAAUGGAGAAAAAAAGGUACAAUAUUUACUACUAAUAUUUAGAGGGGUAGAAGUGUGACGUAUCAUAAAAAGGGGAAUACUCAAGUCGAGAACAAGUACCAUAAAAGUGUACUUAGGAACUGCAUUUGAGUAAAUGUACUUAUUUACUGAAAUGCAUUACUUAUCGUCCACCACAAUGUCAAUAACCCUAAUGUCAAUAACAUUAGCUCUCCAGUUGUCUUCCACUAUGGGUCAGUAUCAUUCAGCAGUGCGUUUCAGCCUUAAUAGAGAUGUAAUUAAAAGUGUGUUUUCAUAGGAACGUAAGGCACCUUGCAGAGGCACAAGAGGCCCGAUAGUCUCUGCCUGAGUCACUCACACAUUCGUUGCAAACACUGCGAAAGAGUGUAAUAUCAAAAAUGAAGAUACCAUAUGCCAGACAUGGGAAGACCGCAUUAGUAAGUGGGAACAUUGAAAGCUGAAUCUCAAGGUGCUUGUGAUAUUUAAAGUGAUAUUUCUUGGAAACAUCAAAUUGGCAGGUCAUCCCCUGUUGCAUCAUUUAUCAUACAGGAUAUAUACAGUCAGCUGUGCCAUGUCGCGUAUGUCAAGUUUAGAAUUUGCUGAUCCUAAUGCCUCAGUGCCAGUAGUUUGAUCAGGGAAGUUAGGAUGCGGUCGUGGAUGGCGAGGGGAUUGUUCUCUGAAAACGACAGGGUUAUUAGUGCUUGGGUUUCUGCGGUGCAAAUGUUAGAGGGAAAUGUCACAGAUGUAAGAAUUCACAUUGUCUUUGGUCCCGGGACAGUUCAGAUACUAAUACAUUUGUUUGCAACACCUAUAAACAGCUUGUGCUGCAUGUGUGCACUGUUAGUGAGAUGAGGUGUUGUAGAGACGAAGUUGGAUGCACUUUACAGAAAAUCUGAUUUUUGAAACCAUCUCUUGAUAUAAUGUAAUAGUCUUAUUCAGAAAAUCCAGUUCACUGUUACAUAGUGCAGUUUCCCUGAAUCCUAUGCAAGAUGUGUGUGUAAUUGCGAAUACAGUAAGCUGUUGUUAUUAUUAUAAUAAUAAUUAUUAUAAUUUAUAAAUUAUAUUUUAA